UUCCAAUCCCCUCCCUAUCAUGUAUUCAGGUGUUCCAAUCCCCUCCCAAUCAUGUGAUUCAGGUGUUUCCAAUCACCUCCAUGGACACAGGUUAUAACAAUCAUCCCCUAGUACAAUGCAGACGGCUUCUACAAACACUGGUGAAAGAAUGGGUCGCUCUCAGGAGCUCAGUGACUCCAAGCGUGUAUGGUCCACGUGAUAGGUGGCCACCUGGGCAAUAAGUCCAUCCGUGACAUUUUCCUGGCUACUAAAUAUUCCACGCUCAACUGUUAGUGGGAUUAUAACAAAGUGGAAAGCCACUGGGAACAACAGCCACUCAGCCA